AUGGCUUCCCCUGUCUCGUCCACGCUGCCCUCGCGCACAGCUACCGGCAUGAGCCUCGAAGAUGCCGUCCCCAACGUGGACCCCACGACCACCGCAGGACUCCUCGCCGAGCGCCUCCAGGCGUGGAAGCACGCCGUCGGCUACCUCGAGGACUACAUGUCCGCCGUCGAGAAGAUCCACGGUCGACACGCCAAGGAGUACGAAAAGGUGCUGAAGACGGUGUCGAGCCCGCUGAAGGAGGGACACCACUUUGACCAGUCUCUCGGCGGCAUCGCUGGCUUUUUCGAGAACCUACGCGCCAACACGCAGGCCAUGAUCAACACCAACCUCGAGACCGAGAAGAGCAUCAAGGGCUCCGUCCUUCCCAUACUCGAGCGUCUGCACAAGGAGAUCAAGCACAAGGCCAAGGAGCUCGACUCCGGCGCCUACUCCGGCGCCAAGGAGGUCGAGAAGCUACGCAACACCACCCAGAAGCACAUUGAGCUGCUCGGCCAGCAGACGGCCGCCUUCGAUUCGGCCGGCGGCAAGCUGGCCGCUGGCGCCGACGACCCCUACGUCGUCUACCGCGGCGUCCUCCACCGCCUCUCCAACCAGGUCCUCGCCGAGAACAACCACACCAACGAUCUCAUCUCUGUGCAGAACAACUUUGCGGCCUUUGAGGCGCAUAUCAUCGAGGUGCUCCAGGAGGCCGUCGGCGCGCUCGUCCAGCUCAGCGCGGGCCAGGCGGAUAAGAUCCGAGCGCUGCACGCCGACGUGCUCGGCACCGUGCAGUGCGUGCCCAAGGACUUCGAGUGGGCCAACUUCUCCGUCCGCUGCGCCGACCGCCUCGCCGACCCGGCCGACCCCGCGCGCUCCGUCGACGCCAUCAACUUCCCCAACAUGGCCCACGCCGCCACCCGCCCGCUCAUAGAGGGCUCGCUUGAGCGCAAGUCGCGCAACAAGCUGUCCUUUGGCUACUCGACCGGCUACUACGUCGUCACCCCGUCCAAGUUCCUCCACGAGUUCAAGGACUCGGACGACGCCCGCCAGGACCCCAAGCCGGAGCUGUCCAUCUACCUGCCCGACGCCGUCAUCGGCGCCCCCUCCGGCGACAAGUUCAACAUCAAGGGCCGCGACAAGAGCAAGACGUUCUCCAGCAAGCUCACCGGCAGUUCCGAGUUCGCCUUCAAGGCCCACACGGCCGCCGACGCGCAAAAGUGGUUCAACAUCGUCCGCGGCGUCUGCGGCGCCACCGGACCCGCGGAGCCCAACUCGCCCGUGUCGCCAAGCUCGCCCGCCUCCGUCGCCUCGCCCACCGUCGCCUCGCCCUCGUCUGCCACGAACCCCAAGGACGACGCGCUCGCGCUCAACGCGCCGUCGGCCGUGUCGCAUAAGGACCAGGAGAGCGGCGUCACCAGGAGCGUCUCCGGAGCCUCGGCCAAUCCUGUCCCGGCGGCGGCCACGACGGCCGCGAGCGAUGAGAAGAAGAAGGUGGCUGAACCCGACUUCUCUUGA